AUGUACGGUGAAAAUGUGCCGAGGUUUUAUGAUAACGUGACUUGCAGACAGUUUAACAUGUUGGGAGACUACAUCCGAUGUUACGAAAAGAUUAACCUGAAUUAUUUAUUAAACGAUAAUUCCACAGCUGGAGAUGAUAAUAAGCAUCAAAUACCAGAUGAAUCGACUCAACCCUGUUUGGAGAAGAGGAUGGUGAAUUACUACGAUAAUGUUGUUUUAUCUUCCAAGCUCAAACUUGCUGAGGAAAAGAUAGAACAGCUCAAAGAACAGGCCAGAAAGGCUUCAGAGGAUUUUCAUUCCAUGGAAUUAAUCAUGAAACAAACUUAUUAUAAUGAUCUUAAAUUGUCACAAGUAAGUUACGGUACUUAG